GAAGAAGAAGAAGAAGGGACGGUUUCUGGUUUUGUAACGCGCUUUGUUUUCCACUGGUAGCCGCUUUUGUGCCGCUCCACUAUCACAGCUCUAACUCAAAGUUUGGCUGAAUUGUUGUCCACUGGGGGCGCCAGAGUCCAGCCGUUACAUUUCUUGCUUCAACUCUUGUGAAUCACGGCGUUGUCACUGGUCCAGUUUCACCCCGCCCGUCCGUCUGGUGUCCGCCGCGCGGUCGCUAUGGACGCACGCUACUUUGUUAAACUACUCCAACUUGGAUUAUCGGACGUUUAGUGUCGGCUUUCGCCUUCGCCGCGACUGAAGAGACUCGCCAGACGCGGAGUGAUGAACAGCGACCCCGAAAAUACGCCUGUAUAUCCGUGAACCUCCAUCCGGACACAAGUCAAUGCUCAGACGUUUGUAGACGUCUUUAGUUGUUGUGUAGUUGUUUCAGUGAUGUUACUCGGCAAAACGUGAUUGUGUUACCCUAUAGUCUCUACGCUCUCUUAGGAAAGAUAGUAUUGAAUGCCAUAAACGUUUAACGGUGUAACGUUAAAUAUUGUCCUCUGUACGCCACUGCCAGGAUCUAACGUUACUGUUACCCGAGGUUUGAAUAGAACUCCAGCCCGGGGCUCGGAAACCGGCCCACUUCGGGACAUUUUUGCCUUUAAGGAACGCAUGGGGUUUUACAGACGAAGGCUCUGCUUAAACGAAGGAGUCGGAAGCGUUAGAGGAAAUGUUCGAGAUUUAAUAAAAGGAGAUCUUUUGUUACAUGUGAAUGCACGCGGACAGAAUGGCUUCAUAUGUGGACAAUAGUUUUCGGCACGCGAUUAUAAAGAAUCCUGCCGACAGGACGCAACAGGAUCUGCAGAUCGUGUACUCGUACCUCCAUGGCAUGGAAGCGCUGUCCAACUUAAGGGAACACCAGCUCAGGUUGAUGUGUGAGACAGUUCGAUAUGAACAGCAUGAAGCUAAUGAGGUUUUAUACUAUCCUGAUGACAUUGGGACCUGCUGGUAUAUCCUCCUGUCUGGCUCAGUCUUUAUAAAGGAAUCCAUGUUUCUGCCCCGCAGCAGUUUUGGUAAGCGUUCUGCGGGUAGUUUGCGUCGUGGUUGUGAGUGUAUCGUCCUUGAGGCUUCAGAAAUGAUUGUGGUGGACUACGUGGAUGACAACGAUGAGUAUUUCCAAAGACAAGCAUCUCAUCGGCAGUCCAGGAGAAGAUUCCGCAAGAUAAACCAGCGCGGAGAGCGACAGACUGUAAUUGAUACGGUCGAUCAUUAUCCAGUCAGCAAGCCCCCUCUGCCACCAGGAUACCACUCGGAAUGCUCCAAAUCCCAGCUUCCUGCCGACUUCUCAAAGCUUCACCCCUCUGACAGUUGCCACUCCCAUAUGACUUCCAGCCAAUCCCGUUCCAGCAUUGCUAGUGAUUCAGGAAGUAGCAGCCUAUCAGAUAUUUACCAGGCCACUGAAAGUGAAUCUGGAGACAUGGAUCUGAGUGGGCUUCCUGAAACAGCAGUGGACACGGACGAGGAUGAUGAUGAUGAAGACGUAGGGAGGGGAACGGACCCUCUUAUGAGUCGAGAUAUUGUGAGAGACUGUCUGGAGAAAGAUCCUAUGGACCGUACAGAUGAUGACAUUGAGCAGUUGCUGGAGUUUGUGCAGCAGCUUCCGGCAUUUGCCAGUCUGAGUGUUUCGGUGCGGAGGGAACUCUGUGCCGUCAUGGUGUUUGCGGUCGUGGAACGGGCCAGAACCAUUGUACUCAACCACGGUGAAGAGCUGGACUCAUGGUCAGUCAUUCUGAAUGGAGCAGUAGAGGUGAUCUAUCAAGGUGGCGGCAGUGAGAGUGUGUGUAUGGGUGGAAGUUUUGGUGUCUCCCCUUCUAUGGAGAAACAGCUGAUGACUGGAGUCAUGAGGACCAAAGUGGAUGAUUGUCAGUUUGUGUGUAUUGCGCAGCAGGACUACUGCUCCAUUCUGAAUCAGGUUGAGCAGAACACACAGCGAGUAGAGGAGGAAGGAGAAAUCGUCAUGGUAAAAGAACACCGAGAACUCGACCGGACGGGCACCCGCAAGGGACACAUUGUUGUCAAGGGUACUGCUGAGAGGCUGAUGCAGCACUUAGUGGAGGACCAUUUAGUUGUCGACCCCACAUAUAUUGAAGACUUCCUGUUGACCUAUCGUACCUUCCUGCCCAGUCCUUUGAUUUUGGGACAGAGACUUCUGGACUGGUUUAAUGACUCCAGUUUACGGGAUAAGGUAACCCGAGUUGUGUUGUUAUGGGUUAACAAUCACUUCAGUGACUUUGAAGGAGAUCCUGAUAUGACCAGUUUUUUGGAGGAGUUCCAGAGCAAUCUGGAAAGAGAGAAAAUGACAGGUCAGUUGCGGUUACUUAACAUAGCUUGUGCUGCUAAAGCCAAACCCAGAGUGAUUACUAUAAAUAGGCCUGCUCGAGAGAUGCCCCUCCCCUUCACACUCAUUGGAGGAGCUGAACGAGGAACGCGCCUCUUUAUCAGCAGCGUGGAAGUCGGUAGCAAAGCAGAAGAGGCGGGGCUUAAACGUGGAGACCAGAUAUUAGAGGUGAACGGGCAGACAUUCGAGAAUGUGCAGUUGUCCAAAGCAGUUGAAAUCCUCAGGAACAACACACAGCUCUGUAUGAGUGUCAAAACUAACCUCCUGGUCUUCAAGGAGUUGGUGGCCAGGGUGGCAGAGGAAAGGAAAAAUGGCAUUCCUCAUCUUCCAAAGAUUGGUGAUGGAAAGAAAAAUAGCCGUUAUUCUGUACCUGAACUUGGGGCUGAUUCUGAUGUAAUAGGUCAAGAAAAAGUCAGCAAGAAGGUCAAAGCACAUACAGUGGGCGGCCGAAACAAACUCAUGAAGAUUUUAGACAAGACACGCAUGAGCAUCCUACCUCAGAAACCUUACAGUGACCUCGGGUUAGGACAGACUCAGGAUGACAGCAUUGUGGGAUUACGGCAGAACAAACAGACUCCGCCCACUAUGGCAGUUAGUGGAAAUCUCUCAUCCAGUAACCCUGAUCUGGCCCAAGGCCAACAACGCAUCAUCGACUACAGUACACAGCCACCAGCACCUGGAUUUACUCAAUUACAAGACCAGGUGCUGCGUGUUUUCAAGGCAGACCAACAAAGUCGUUACUUCCUGAUCAAUAGGGACACCACAGCAAGAGAGGCAGCCAAUCAGGCGAUGCGAGAGUUUGGCUUGACCGCAAAUCCUGAAGCCUAUUCGCUCUGUGAGGUGUCAGUCACACAGGAGGGAGUUAUCAAACAGAGACGGCUACCUGAUCAGCUCUCUAAACUGGCCGACAGGAUACAGCUGAGUGCCAGGUACUAUCUGAAGAGCAACAUGGAGACCGAGGCGCUGUGUUCAGAUGUGGAGGCCCUGGAGAUGCAGCGGGAGUCUGUGGUCCCUUUGUUGUCCUUGAGCUGCAUGGAGAUAGCCAAUCAGCUGUCAGCACGCAACUAUCUGCUCUUCUCCGGCAUUGAACCGACGGAUUACAUCACUGACCUCUUCAAGCUCCACCCACAAGAGCCUCCCACCAACCUGCGCAACUUUGAGGAUCUUGUAAACCAGGAGACCUUCUGGGUCGCCACGGAGAUAGUACAGGAAACCAACCUGGCCAAAAGAGUGAAGAUCAUCAAGCACUUUAUAAAGAUUGCCCUUCACUGCCGUGACUGCAAGAACUUCAACUCUAUGUUUGCCAUAAUCAGUGGGUUCAAUCUAGCACCUGUCUCGCGGUUGCGAUCCACAUGGGAACGGUUGCCUGGAAAAUAUGAGAAGCUUUUGGCAGAAUUACAAGACGUUUUCGACCCUUCUCGCAACAUGGCCAAAUACCGCAACCUCCUCAACAAACACAACCUGCAGCCGCCGGUCAUCCCUCUGUUUCCUGUCAUUAAGAAAGACCUCACUUUCCUCCACGAGGGGAACAAAUCCAAGGUGGACGGUCUGGUGAAUUUUGAGAAGUUGAGGAUGAUUGCGCGAGAGGUCCGACACGUGGUUCGAAUGGCUUGCAUCACCAUGGACCCUGCAUUGCUUUUUAAAAUGAGGAAGAAAAAGUGGAGAAGUCUUGGGUCUCUAAGUCAGGUGAGCAGCUCUUCUCUCUCUGACAUCGGAACGAUGGGCGGGAAGAGGAAGGGGAGGCGGAGCUCUUUUCUCAGUGCUAAGAAGCUGUAUGAGGUGGAGAUGAUGAGCAGACGCGUGCGGCAGUACCUGGACACGCACACACACGAGAGCGAUGAGGACAAGCUCCACAAACUCUCUUUGCAGUGUGAGCCUGCCAACAGCUCCAUGCUGAAGAAUUCCGGCGAGAGGAGACGAGUGGAUGUAUCUCCUGUUGGUCAAAGAAGCACCACUCCACAGCAAACGAAUGGAAAUCAUGGUCGCAAGAAAUCACUUGGCAAAGAGUUACCACCAUUUGGUGCCCAGUCUCCUCAGUCUCUCCAUAAGAUUUUGUCUCUCUCAGAAGAGGGGCGGGACAGACAGCGAAAGCCGCCUGAGGACAGCCAGUCAAGUGCUUCAUCUCUGCUCUCCUCUCCACGCACCUCACCUCACAGCACACCUAGAAAAGGCCCACAGUUAGUGGUGAGUGACGCAUCGGAUCAGUUGAGUUUAAGCUCCUCCUCCUCUGACCUCAUCAUGGUUGAUCAACCCCAUACACUUGCAAACCCACUCAGCACGCGCAGAGCUGAACCUGACCAGAUAAGCCUGGGGUCCUACUCCUUGAUUCCGGAUCAGUGUGACCGUGCAUCACUGGACGCAGCAGACAGCGGCCGUGGCAGCUGGACUUCCUGCUCCAGUGGUUCCCAUGACAACAUCCAGAGCAUUCCACAGCGUGUGGGUUGUUAUGACAACCGCAGCUGGGAGACACUGUCAGAAGGGAUGGGACGUAGUCACAUGACAACACCUACUGGUUACUGGGGCGAUGAAUUGGAAGGAGACACUGGAACGAUAAAACGCAGAGGUGGAAAAGACGAGACUCCAAACACAAACAAGAACACUGCGAGUCGAAGAGAGGGACGUUUUAGAGAGCCGCCGCCCACACCACCUGGUUAUACUGCACUGUCAUUGGCUGAUGAAGACAGCCACAGUCAUGCGCAUGGGCGACGCCCACCAGACUACACGGCGGCUUUGCAGAGAUCUCGAUUCCUUAAAAGGUCAUGUGAUCCUCCUCCACCACACCCAUCCAGUAGGUUGCCAGCAUACAACUACUGCCAGUCACCACGACGACCACAACCGGAUGAAAGCGAGCAAAUAUCUGCAGUUUAAUAAGAGACACUUCGUAUCUCAUCGCAACAUCCAUAUAAGAGUUGAUAUGUAAACGUGGUCAUGGACUGAACUACAGCAAUGCGUUUGGGCCUUCCUGGAGAUCACUGUGAAAGAGGAGAGGAGCAGAGAAAAUGUUGGCACUUUUAACACAAGUUCUGCAAAACAAAGAAAAGAAGGAACAAAUAGACUAUUGCAUAAUAAAAACAUUUUAAGCGUAGAGUGAUGCGAGGUGUUGCACAUGAUGCAAUAUCAGUGUUACAAAACCAUAGAAAACAGUAUUAUUCCAUUUGAAGUUUUAAUCAGUAUGUCACGUGUUACAGAAAGUGUGUGUGUGUGUGUGUGUGUGUGUGUGUGUGAGAGAGGGAGUGCUGAAAUCAAUCACAGAAAGAGAGAUGAUGUUCUCUUCGGACACUUGAAGACAGAAAGAAAAGACUGAGCAGCCGCCUCUCACCAACCUCAAUGGUCUCAGACGUCUUCUCUGUGCUGAUAUCAGUGUUUAAUGUUACUCAAGAGUAUAUGAUCGUUGUAACAUGCCUUUUCUUAUCUGAUCGUGUUCCUAAAACUUUCCAGAUGUGCUCACAAGUUUCAGUUUGAAAAGAUUUUGUUUUGUAUUUUUAUUUCAUUUUAUCUGUCCAUACCAUUGUCUCCAACUAUCCAAGUGCAUGGCACAAAUCAUGAAUUGUUGCACAGAUUUUCAGAAGCUAGAGAUUGUAGUCAAGAAUAUAUAAAUUAUAGUUGUUACAUAGAUGAUCAGUAAAUAGUUACAACAGUAUAUUUUGCUUAGAAUGUCGUGUGUUUGUGAUAGUUCAAAAAUGUAUCCCUUAUAGCUCCUGUGUUUCUACCCAGCCAAAUCUAGAAGAAUCACAUGUAUUUCUACGUCUUUUACAAAGACACCUGGCAAAGUCUGUAACUACUUUUGUAUU